AAGAACAUGAUCAUGAACAAACCUGGGGUUUAAGAUGGUGAUGCUGAUGUGGAUUACAGUGGUGCUUUUUAGUCAGACUGAUUCUUUACAAAUAAACGCUGUCUAUCAGCCGAACACCUUGAUCACUGCUGCUUCGGGUGAUAACGUGACUCUACAGUGCUUUCGAACGAAUGAAGGAAACACAGAUGCUAUCAUUUGGUACAAACAAGCACCAGGACAAGAGCCUUGUGUAAUGGUCACAGUUCAGAAAUUAGUACAAAAUCACGUUUUUGAAGAUGAGUUUAAAUCGCCAAGGUUUACUGUUGAGAAUUUAAAAGGAAGCUGCAAUUUAAAAAUUUCUAACGUGGAACCAUCAGACGAAGCCGUGUAUUACUGUGGAUUAAAAAUUAUUACAAUAGUGUUUGGAAAAGGAACAUUUUUAGCAGUGAAAGAAGACGGAGAGGUAAAAGUGUCGGUGUGGCAGCGAGGUGUGUCAGACUCGGUUCCUGCAGGAGCCUCAGUGACUCUGCAGUGCUCGGUUCUCUCUGAGAGCAGAGCAGCAGAACUCCAAGUGCUCUGGUUCAGAGCUGCUCCACCACAAUCCCAUCCUCAAAUCAUUUACACUCAUCACAACAGCAGCCAUCAGUGUGAGAGCGGCUCUUCUACACACACCUGUGUGUACAGCUUCACCAAGAACAUCCUCAGCCUCAAUGAUACUGGAACUUACUACUGCGCUGUGGCCCUGUGUGGGAAGAUCAUAAUUGGGAACGGGACACGAGUACAGCUGGAGAACUCUGCAAUGCCUUAUAAUCCUGUGGUGAUCUGUCUGGGAACAGCGUUGGUAAUGUGCGGGAUUGUGAUAUCUGUUCAAACUGUUUUACUCUGUAAAAGGAAAAACUGUCAACAACACAACACAGAGAGUCAGCAUGGUGCUGUGAUAAACACUGAGGAGACCAACACUCAGGCUUGUGAUGCCAUAGAGCUGAAUUACGCUGCCUUACAUUUUAAUGAAAGGAAAACUAAACGAGUGAGAGGAAACCGAGGUCGAUCUCAAGACAGCGUGUACUCUGAAGUGAAAACUUCCACCAUUACUCACUAAAAUAAUCUUUAAUUUAAUUGUGUAUGAAAUGGUUAGUCUGUUUGAUCUGCUUUAAUGUUUCUGUGAUCUAAAUCAUAUGGAUUUUUUGUUCUAUGAGAGACAUUUACUUAUUUUUCUGGCAUGGUUUGCCUCCACCAAUCUCCUUAUAUAAAAAUAUCAAUGCAAAAAUAAGCUUCUUCGUGAAAACCUUUAUCUUAUGAUGAGAAGUUUCUAUCCUGAUGGGCAUGAACUCUUCCAGGAUAACUCUGCCCCCAUCCACACAGCACCUGUUUCUAUGUUCUUUUACUUGUAAUAUAAUCUUUAAAAUUUUCACACCACAUUGUCCUGUCAGUUUUCUAUAAUAAUCAUCUCGCACUGGUGCCAAGAAGGAUCUCAGCAAAGCCUUCCAUCAAGAGAUUAUUCU